AUGACUAGUACCUGGAGUCACCAGAGAGACAAGCAGUUGCUUGUGGCUAUCCUAGCCGUCCAUUCUCCCCUGAACUAUUCCGCGAUUGCUAAAGCCAUAGGAGAGGGCGACAGCACUGCAGCUGUGAAACAGCAUCUUUACAGUCUGAAAAACCGUAAUGAAGGAACCUCCGCGAAAUCUCCUACCAAGGACAAUACCGACAACCCCACUGGCCGUGGCCGCAAGUCUACCAAAACCACCGGCAAGCGCAAGACUGCGUCGGUCGCCCAGUCUGAAAAGGAAAACGACACCGUUGUCGAGAGCCAGGAUGAGCAAGGGGAUGAAUCCGCCUCCAGUCCUACUAAGCAGCGCAAGCUCUAA